CCUGAUACACGAAAUAUUUAAAAAUUUAGAUGAGAGACAUAAAAUGAAAGCACAAGUCGAGGAAAAUAAAGCCCUAGAGGGCACCUCUAAAACCCAGGAACUCUGCAAAAUCUUGCAAAAACGGAUGAAGAAGGGUGAAGAAAACAAUAUCAGUCAUUUAGAACACGAAGAUAUAAUUUAUGAUGAUCCCCAGAUCAUUAGUGAACUCCUGAGUGAGUGGUUCUCCAAUAACACCAAAGCACAUCCGUCCCCAAUUCUCGACAUAACCUGCAAAAAUAACUACAAGUUAGGUGAAAUAAACUUUAAUAUACAAAAUAUAGCAUCGGCGGUAAGGACAUUAAAAGCUAACAGUAGUUGUGGGAUAGACGAUAUACCAUCCGUCAUAUACAAAAACGGUGGUACGGAUAUGAUUGUAUUAUUACUUAGAAUAUUUAAUAUCUCACUAGUGACCGAAACCUACCCUGAAACUUGGAAAAACACAUAUAUAUUACCUAAGCAUAAAGGAGGGGCCAAAACUAGUGCAUGUAAUUAUAGGCCUAUCAAUAUAACACCAGUCAUAUCAAGGAUCAUGGAGAAAGUAAUCAAAGACCAAAUGUCAGACUACUUUCUAAAACAUAAACUCAUCAACCUGUCACAACACGGAUUCCUCAAGAAAAGAUCUUGCGUCACUUGCCAUAUAGACUUUUUCAACGAAGUCACCUAUAGAAGAGAUAGGAGAGAGCUAGUGAUUAUCCUCUAUUUCGAUAUAAGGAAAGCCUUCGACAGAGUCCCACAUAGUCUGUUAGUCGGUAGGCUAUGCUCACUAGGGAUACGCAACCCCCUCUACAAUUGGAUAAAAUCAUUUCUGUAUGACAGGAAUCAGACAACUAAAGUUGGCUCAAUGACCUCCAGACCUAGACCAAUCAGCAGUGGUGUCAUCCAGGGGAGUGUAUUGGGACCCCUUCUUUUCAUUAUAUACAUAAACAGUAUAUGUGAAUGUUUUAGUAUAGGCAAGCCAAUACUGUAUGCAGAUGACUUGAAGGUGACAUAUACCUGCACAAAUACAGAUAUCGGCCCAACUAUGAACUCCAUACAUGAAGAAUUAGCAAAAAUGGAUAGAUGGUGUGACACGUGGAGACUUGAGUUUAAUGUUGAAAAGUGUGGAUGGCUCUGCAUAGGCUGUUCCAACCUUGACCUCAACCUAGCAAUUCAGGGCCACAAAAUCCCCAGACUCAAAUCUGUACUAGACCUAGGACUGAAAUAUUCACACAAUCUAUCAUUUUCAGAGCAUAUCUCGAAUCAAGUGUCGAAAUCACGAAGGCUUAUUGGUUUCCUACUCAGGAACUUCUACAGAAACGAGUCCAGAAUACUACUGUACAAGGUAUGUGUGCGCCCACUCCUAGAUUACUGCUCAUUCAUAUUCAGCAGUACACGCAUAGAAGACAAACUGAAAGUAGAAGGAGUACAGAGGUACUUCACGCGAAAAGUACUCGGAACCGAUAACGGCACAAACUACUCUACCAGAUGUGAAAUCCUGGGACUAGAAACAUUAUGGUUAAGGCGACUGCGACUAAAUCUGUUACUCUUCUAUAAGCUUCUUAACCAAAUAGUGUAUACCCCUGCUAACUAUACUCGGUCCUCAGGUAACACAGGAUACAACCUUAGGCACACUAAAGGUACAGUGGCUAUAGAACCAUGUAAAACAGCCACCAGGCAAAAGUUUUUCUUGAUUAGGUAUGCCCAAAUAUGGAACAAACUACCUGAGAAAAUACGACUAGCAAGCACAUUGGCCUCCUUUGAAAAGGCACUUAAUGACACACUAAGUGAGUUUGUAAUUGAUACCAAUGGUAAUUCCCAUGUAAGAGUUUCAGAAAUCAUAGGCCCAUUUAAUGUAUGAACUCAGAGACUACACCUGUUGUUUGUUUUGUCUCUAUUUAUAAUUCCAGACAAAAAAGCAGCAGUCAUGACAAUAACACCCAUUCAACCAAGAGUCGAUCAAACUAUGUCUACCUGAUACAAAGGGCGAACCAUAAUCAACAUACGAAUGAAAUAUGAGAAAACAAGGUAGAAACUUACCGCAACACCACAUGAAAAGAUAAAAGUUACUUGGAUAUCAUUUAUAAUCCACCAACUGGUCUCCUACCCAAAAAGAAUGCGGCGAUGUUUUAUCCAAAAAGGCGAGGAAAUACAUAAACCCACAGCAGCUGUUGUUAACACUCAGUGGGGGUAGGAGCCAACAAAGUAAUCCUUUCAAAGCAUAUGUAUACUUCAAAUGGACACGGAGACUUUGUAGAUUACGUUAUAAUCCAAAUCACUGCCUCUACAGCGCCAAUAAACCUGGAUAUCUAUGAUAUAACGAAAACAUGCUGAAAGCUGCAUCUCAGAUCAAGUUGACUCAUUCCAUGGUAAUGAUCUCCUCCUGCGUGCCUUAUUCGACAUAUUGAAUGGAAUGGUUCGCAGUUAUUCUGGUACUAGAUCGAAAAGAAUAAAAAAUUCACCGGUUGCUGAAUCAAAAGUACUUCUCUGCAUGUUUAACUGUAUUCUAACUGCUAUGAUUAAUUCCAAACCAUUUAUCCCAUAAUCACUCAAAUUCCAGGAACGAUCCAAUUCUACCAUUUAAAGAAGCUGGCGGACACGAUGUAAAUGAGUAUUCAUGAUCUGA